AUGCGUCUGAUUAUCCUCGACACGGCUGCGUAUGUCGGCGAAUGGUCGGCCAAGUACGUGAUGAAGCGCAUCAACGACUUCAAGCCCGGUCCGGAUCGGUACUUUACGCUCGGUCUCCCGACCGGAUCGACACCACUCGGCAUGUACCGGAACCUGAUCAAGUUCCACCAGCAGGGACGCAUCUCGUUCAAGUACGUCAAAACGUUCAACAUGGACGAAUACGUCGAUUUGCCGCGGGAUCACCCGGAAAGCUAUCACUACUUCAUGUGGCAUAAUUUCUUCAAGCACAUUGACAUUGAACCGGAGAAUGUGCACAUACUCGAUGGAAAUGCGCCCGAUUUGGUGGCCGAGUGUGAUGCGUUCGAGGAAAAGAUAAAGGCAGCGGGUGGAAUUGAGCUGUUUAUCGGUGGUAUUGGGCCGGACGGGCAUAUAGCGUUCAACGAGCCGGGAUCGUCGUUAGCAUCUCGGACACGCGUGAAAACGCUCGCGCAGGAUACGCUUGAGGCGAACGCACGGUUCUUCGGGAACGAUAUAAGCAAGGUGCCGAAACAGGCACUUACGGUCGGUGUGGCGACGGUUAUGGAUGCGCGCGAGGUAAUGAUCAUGAUUCUAGGAUCGCACAAAGCAUUCGCACUGUACAAAGCGAUCGAGGAGGGUGUGAACCAUAUGUGGACGGUUAGUGCAUUCCAGCAGCAUCCACACACGAUCAUGAUCUGUGACGAGGACGCCACGCUAGAGCUGCGUGUGAAAACUGUGAAAUAUUUCAAGGCUCUAAGCAAUGUGCACCACAAGUUAAUCGAAGAGGAGUCGGCCGACGUACGAAAGCUCAAAUGA